AUGGAAACUUCAAUCCGAUCUGGCGUCUACAAAAGCAGCUCGGGAAGAGCUUCCACCCCCCAACAGACUGCAAGCGACACCUCCGCAAUGCUGACCACCACCUUCCACAACCAGACGCUCUCGAACGGCGUUAACGUCCACUACGCCGAGUCCGGGCACCAGGAUGCACCCAUCCUGCUCCUUCUUCACGGCUUCCCCUCCACGAACCUGCAGUUUCGCAACUUGAUUCCCCUCCUGGCCGCCUCGUACCACAUCAUCGCCCCCGACCUUCCCGGCUUCGGCCACACCGUGCUGCCGCAGGGCACUGUUCCUUCCUUCGACUUGAUGGCUGAGACUAUCAGUCAGCUGGUCGAUGCUCUGGGCAUUUGCAAGUUCGCGGUGUACGUGUUCGACUACGGUGCGCCGACUCUGUUCCGCUUGGCACUCAAGCGCCCGGAGCUAAUUGCGGGGAUCGUAACCCAGAACGGAAACGCCUACGAUGAGGGCCUCGGAGCAGACUUCUGGGGAGGACUGCAGAAGUGGUGGGCUGAAGGAGACGAGUACGGACCCAUGCGGGAGGUCCUGUUCGGCGCUGUCGGCGACAUUGAGUGGACCAAGGCUCAAUACUAUGACGGUGUACCCGAGGAGAAUGUCAAGUUGGUCGACCCGCAGAUGUACACCCUCGACUACCUGCAGCACCUCGCCGAUCCGGCCAAGCGCGACACGCAGAUGCGCAUCUUCUGGGACUACCAGAACAACGUCAAGCUCUACCCUCGCUUCCAGGAGUAUCUGCGCACGCACCAGCCACCCGUUCUUGCUGUCUGGGGAGAGAAUGACCCCUGUUUUGUUUACCCCGGCGCACUCGCAUACAAGCGCGACGUUCCCAAGGCUGAGAUCGAACUCCUCCCCGGCGGGCACUUCCUGCUCGAAACGCACGUCCGCGAGGUCGCAGGACUGAUGCGGCAGUUCCUCGGCCGCCUCAAGUGGUAG